AUGGAUUGCGCCCUUUUCUGCUUCGCAAGAUCCACCUGCAAAUCAUACACUUUCGAUAAACAAAAGUGUUUUCUUUUUGAGAAUAAUUAUGGAAAAACGAAAUUGAAUACUUUAACCACUGAUAUAAGAAAACAGCAUUGGAAUAUUGCAAAAGGAUGUCGACAACAGCUGUGUCAACCGGAUGAAUAUUGUGUAUCCUACGAUAAAUGUUCUUAUGCCUGUUUGAAAUUAGCUAUAAAUUGUGGUCUCCCUGAGAGUGUACUUAACGCUAAAUAUUUUUUGCCAACUGAAUUCGAAAUGGACCAAAGUAGAUUUAAAAUGUUCACGGAUUUGAUAGUGGAGGUUAAAAGGAAAAAAGGAAGAUUAGCGUUUACCAAUCGCAUUAUAAAUGGUCCAAAGCAGAUUUGCCUUGUAUACGUGAUUAUUUUACGACUUUUAAUAAUACCCGUUUAA